AUGCCUCCAGCCAAGACACCCCUCUCGAUCGAGGCCAUCCUCGAGCAGCAGCGCCGCGACAAGGAGGCCCAGUCGCGCCCCAAGUUCCUCUCCAAGCAGGAGCGCCAGGCCCUCGCCCUCCAGAAGCGCGCCCAGGAGGUCGAGGACGGCAAGGAGCGCGAGCUCGAAGCACAGCGCAAGCGCGACCAGCUCGAGGAGCAGGCCCGCAAGGAGCGCGACUCGCUCGGCGGCCCCUCGUCCUCGGACGCGGCGGCCAUGGACGUCGACCGCGCCCAGCACGAGCUCGCCAAGCAGGACGCCGUCGCGCAACCGGCGCCGGUGCGCUCGUCGUCGCCGCCGCGCAACUCGACCGAGCAGCCGCCACCUCCGCCGCCGCCCAACGGCGAUGCCCCUCCUCCUCCUCCUCCGUCCGACGCCCCGCCAGCAGCUCCUGCGCCCAAAGAGCCGACGCCUCCUCCGCAGGGCAAGCUCACCCUCGCCGAGCUCGCCGAGCUCAACGCGCGCUCGAGCGCCUCGGCGUCGUCGUCGUCCACGGCCGCGCCCGUCCUCAACGCCCAGCUCCAGGCCGCGCGGUACCUCGGCGCGCGCGCCCCGGACAAGCGCAAGCGCACCAAGAAGCAGGGCAACAAGGUCGACUUUGACUGGGACCGCACCGACGACACGCUCGCCGGCGAGCCGAUGCGCGUGACGCUGUUUGGCCGAGGGCGCCUCGCCGGGUUCGACGCCGACGUCGAAAAGGUGCCCGGGCGCAAGGCGCGCGGCGCGCUCGACGAGCGGCACUGGACCGAGAAGAGCCUGGCCGAGAUGCGCGACCGCGACUGGCGCAUCUUCCGCGAGGACUUUAGCAUCGGCGCUCGAGGCGGCCACAUCCCGCUCCCUCUGCGGUCGUGGCAAGAGAGCAACAUCCCGCAGCAGGUCCUCGGCGCCAUCGACUCGAUCGGGUACAAGGAGCCGAGCCCGAUUCAGCGCCAGGCCAUCCCGAUCGGCCUGCAGAACCGCGACCUCAUCGGCAUCGCCGAGACGGGAUCCGGCAAGACGGCGGCGUUCACGAUCCCGAUGCUGUCGUACAUCGCGCGCCUGCCUCCCCUCACCGAGGAGACGCGCUCGCGCGGCCCGUACGCGCUCGUGCUCGCGCCGACGCGCGAGCUCGCGCAGCAGAUCGAGGCCGAGACGAACAAGUUUUGCCGCCUGCUCGGGUACCGCUGCGUGUCGAUCGUCGGCGGCAAGGCCAUGGAGGAGCAGCAGUUCAACAUGCGCGACGGCGCCGAGAUCGUCAUCGCGACGCCCGGUCGCCUCAAGGACUGCAUCGAGCGCAGCGUGCUCGUCCUCGCCCAGUGCACCUACGUCGUCAUGGACGAGGCCGACCGCAUGGUCAGCCUCGGGUUCGAGGAGGUCAUCAACUUUAUCCUCGACUCGCUCCCCGUCAGCAACCUCAAGCCCGACACGGUCGAGGCCGAGGACCCGGACAAGAUGACGACGACGCUGAGCGCGCCUCAGGGGCAGGAGGAGACGGUCAUGUUCUCGGCCACGAUGCCGCCCGCUGUCGAGCGCCUCGCCAAGAAGUACCUGCGCCGCCCGGCCGUCGUCACGAUCGGUGUCGCCGGCCAGGCCGUCGACACGGUCGACCAACGCGUCGAGAUGAUCAACAGCGAGGAGAAGAAGAAGUCGCGCCUGCUCGAGAUCCUCAACAACGGCGGGUUCGAGCCGCCCAUGAUCGUGUUCGUCAACCAGAAGAAGGGCGCCGACGUCCUGCAGAAGGACCUGCAGCGCUCGAGGUGGAACGCCGUCACGCUUCACUCGGGCAAGAACCAGGAGCAGCGCGAGGCGGCGCUCAACUCGAUCCGGUCGGGCGAGAACGACGUGCUCGUCGCGACCGACCUCGCCGGGCGCGGUAUCGACGUGCCCGACGUGUCGCUCGUCGUCAACUUCCAGAUGAGCAACACGAUCGAGGCCUACAUCCACCGCAUCGGUCGCACCGGUCGCGCGGGCAAGACGGGUGUCGCCGUCACGUUCUUGAGCGACGCCGACGAGGAGCUCUUCUACGACCUCAAGCAGGAGAUCAGCAAGUCGCCCGUUUCGCGCCUGCCGCCCGACCUGGCGCGCCACCCGGCCGCGCAGAGCAAGAUGUCGAGCGCCAUGAAGCGUCGGGCAGAGCAGCUGGACGAGUAGACGGGCGCGACGAGACGUGAACGAAAUGCAGUCGGACUUUCUCUCCUUCUCGAGCG